AUGGCAAAGAAGGGCAGGGAAAAGAGGGUGAAGGAACCCAGCAGCAUCCCCUUGGCACAGCCGGAUCGGUCUGGUCCCAGCGAAGCCACGCUGCUCCAGCUCGCCCAGGAGAGAGGCCUCUUCAAGCAGGCCGACCAGGACCCGAGGAACAAGAACCUGCCCAAGGGCGCCGUCCGGAUCGGCAAGCCCAGCAAAGCCGCCAGCAGUGAUGACGAAGAUGACGACGAAGAAGAGGAGGACGAGGGGGAAGAAGCCUUGCUGUCUCCUGCCAUGGAACGCAUCAUGGACACGCUGCUGUGGACCGUGAGCCUGGCCAUGGUCCACGGCACUUUCGAUGUGCUGGUUCAGAACCAGUACGCCAUGAGCAUCGAGUAUUCCGCCAUCAUCAGUCGCACGCUUCUCGCAUUCUUUGUUCUCUUCUUCCUCUUCUACAACCUCCACGCGCACCCCACGAGCCCGAACCUCGUUCCGGGACUUCCGCUGCGCUUCCAGCACCCCAUUCGGCAGGCCAUCUUCUUCGUUGCCAGCACGUGGGCCGGGUGCCACCUGAUAUACAUCACCAACAAGUUCAGCUACCUGUACGUCUUAAAACAGGCGCCGACGCUGGGCUGCGUGUGGAUCUGGUCGGUUCUGGAGCUCGAUCUGGCCGUGGCCGUUGUCAGCCUGGCCGCGGCGGGUGCGUACCUGUUGCAGGGAGGAUACGCCAUCAAAUGA